GUAUAAAUGUCAGUGUACGCGCGUAUGUUUCGUACGAUCCUUGAUAUAAAAUAUAGUCGCUGUGUUCGUCCGCUUAAAUCAGCUUUAACUACAGAGUACAGUGUAUCUGACGCUGUGUUCGACUAUGGAGGUGUUUAUGUUGACGUUCACCUUAUGGGAACUAUUGAGAACAUUGCUUCUUCUGUUUCUCAUUAGUGUUAUCUACGACUGGGUACAAAAUAUACUGUGGAAGUGGAAAUACAAUGUGAAAGGAUACUUUCCACUACCUAUUUUAGGGACACUUCCGUUCCAGUUGUCAAACCCAACACCAGAUGGUGAACGCAGUCGAAUUAACAGGUUCGGGAAGAUUUAUGGUGGCUCUCUUGGAAUGAUCAAUAUUAUCAACGUGUGUGAUAUUGACAUUUUGAAAAAGAUCUUAGUCAAGGACCAUGCGGACUUCCAGAACCGAUUUACAUUGCCCGGGGUGUAUGAACCGCCUCCUUCGGACGCCACACUUCUGGCAUUAAAAGACUCAGAGUGGAAAAGAGUACGAAGCAUACUUACGCCAAGCUUCAGUGCCGCAAAACUUAAGAUGAUGACCACAAAUAUUAACCACGUCAGCGAAAUCUUAGCGAGAGGUCUACUAGAAAAUGCCCGUUCACGAUCAACUAUUGAUCCCAAAGACAUAUAUGGUUGUUUUACAAUGGACGUUAUUGCUCGCACUGCUUUUGGGAUUGAAACCAAUUCGUACAAGAACCCGGAUGAUCCUUUCAUUGCUCAUGGGAAGCGUGUUUUCAGCAGUCCUGUCUUCAAUCCUGUGAUAAUUCUCAUGAUGAUAUUCCCUCGACUCGGACCAUUUCUAACGAGGUUGUUAAAGUACAGCAUGUUCUUCCCGACGAAUUCUCUAGAAUUCUUCAUAGACGUCAGCAAGCAGAUAAUCGAGCAACGUAAAACUGAUAUCACGACAGGCAGAGUUGAUUUACUGCAACUAAUGCUGAAUUCAGAGCAUGAUGUCCAUAAAAGUUUAUCGGUAAAUGAGAUCGUGUCGCAGUCAUUCAUUGUGUUUGUCGCUGGUUACGAAACUACGGCCACUCUACUUACGUACGCCUCAUAUGUGCUAGCAACAAACCCUGACGUGCAAAAUACCUUACAGGAGGAGAUUGAUAGACACAUUCCCAGGGAUUGUAAAGAAAUCAUAUAUGAGAAGGUCAUGGAACUGCCGUACCUGGAUCAGUUUAUACACGAGACUCUCAGGAUGUACCCUCCUGUUACAGCAAUGAAUCGAGCUACAUCGGAAGAUCGUGAUGUCCAGAUUGACGGCUACUGGUUCCCGAAAAACACAAUGAUCAGCUUCAAUAUCUACAUGAUACAUCACGAUGAGAAUAACUACCCUGAGCCGGAGAAGUUCAUCCCCGAGAGGUUUGCACCGGAUGCAAAAUGGUCUCGUGACCCAUUUGCUUUCAUGCCGUUCGGACAAGGACCUCGGAACUGCAUUGGCAUGAGACUUGCCUUGCUGGAAGCAAAGAUUGCCUUGGUUAAUUGUGUGCGGAAGGUCAAGUUUGUAGCGACCGAGGAAACAGAGGUGCCAUUGAAGCUUGUAACAAGUGAAGCGUUCCUGCGGCCUGUGAAACCCAUCAAAAUUUCGGUUGAGGCUCGAUAAGAUCUAAGCCAGUCGCCAAUACUGCUAAGAAUGGAAUCUAUACGAAUACACAUAUUGUCUAUUAAUUGAGCGGUAUACGGCGGUAGCGCAUGUCGUCGUCUAUUAAAAAGCUUUAUAUUGAAACAAAUAGCUUUGAUUAUAAAAAUAUUAACAGCACUUAUUUGAAAUGUUAAUUUUCAUUGAAAAAAUAAGUGACUUAUUGUCUUAUGAUGAAUAAUAGUUGGACAAUUUGAACCCGUGACCCUUUUGCAUUGUUUGUAACCAUGGCAGAAUGUUUUCGAAGGAACAAUAUCAGAUUGUUAUAUUAACUAUGAUAUAUAAUGUCCAUGUAUUGGCUUUUUACAAGCAAAACUAUUUCUUUCCGUUAUUUUGAAGAACAAACCGUCUUGAUUUUAGUUCUUGUUAAUUUUAAGGUAGAAGUAGAAUUGGUUGUGGUUGGAAUAGACAUAUUUUGGAUGUGAUGUAUUAUCUUAUUUCUAUAUAUGUAUUAUAUAUUCUUUUAUGGCAUAUAUAAUCGGAAAAAGUGUAGGUUUCUAUUAAAAUGUAUUAAAGAAAAAAAAAGCUCGAAAGGUAAAGUUCACCUUGUUUGAUUGCAAGAAAAACUUUUUUCUUACAUAGUUUUGUUCGAGUUCCGAAAUCCCUGGCUUGCAUAGUAUUGCUCCAAAAGCAUGUUGGCAACGCCUCUCCACAUUCGAAGAAGCGGGUGUAUAUUGGUUUGCACGGCAGUCGAUCAGUCGUUCACUUCCGUGCGAUAUAUAAAGAAAAGUUUUCUCUAUAACCAUGCUUAUUGGAGAGAAUACAUGUUUUUCAAACGUC